AUGCCGAGUACCAACCCUGAGCUCCACGCAAUCGCAUCAACUAACCUCAAUCCUCAAUUAGUCCGUCCUUUUGAUGAAUGGGCCGUGACCCGCGCACAAUCCCUCCCCCUCUCAGCUUUGAAGGGGGCUAUCGUCGGUAUCGAUGCAUCGCACUACAUCAACCAACACCUUAUCAACCAGUCAACCCGCGAAGCCCUCCUGGGCGCACUCGGCGGCUUCCCUUUCGCCCUGAGGACCAACAUCGAGAAGGAACUACAGACUUUCAAGAGCCUCAGCGUCGCCUGCAUCUUUGUAUUCAACGGCCUUGAUUUCGGCAAGAAGGAACAGCGCCCCCAACCCACAUCGCCGCGGUCUUUCGAACAAGCCUGGGAUCUUUAUGACCAACAGCAAGCCGAUCAGGUUGUCGACGCUUUCAGCAGUGCUGGAACCCCACCCCCGGAGACCCUCUUCAAGUUCCUGCAACGGAUCUUGACCCAAAAUGGUGUCGAAUUCAUGGUCGCGCCCUACAGCGCCGCGGCUCAGCUCUCCUACCUUGCCCGCGGUCCCAACCCUGUAGUCGAUGCCGUGUACGCCCCAUCCGAAGCUCUUCUGUUUGAUCUUGACAAGCUGGUCACCCGCAUCGACACCGAACCCGCGCAAUUCUUCUGGAUCACGAAACAAACCUGCCAGGAAGAGCUGGGUCGACUCACAAAUGAUCAAUUCCUGGACUUUUGCUUACUACUCGGAUCUCCCUUCCUGCGUUCUUUCCCGCUUUUCGAAAACCCUGCCUAUCCUGGCAAGAGCCCCAGCAUUCGCGAUGCUUUGCCAAUGUUCAACCAAGCCGGUCGAAGUGCCUUGGCACUGUGCGCCCAGUUUGAAGAUGAUCGUCGCAUCCAGGACAUUCAGUAUGGAGAUCGAUACAAGCGCGCAUACAUGAUCGUGAAGCAUCAUGUAUACAUGGACGUAGACGGUCGUGUCGGACCCAUGGACCCGGAGAAUAUUUCGUCAGACAUGCACGAACUCAUCGGACAGCGGCUCCCCGAAGAGCUGUAUUUCUAUCUAUCCAAGGGCAUUAUUAGCGCCGAUGUGCCGAACUUCCUUACAUCUGGUGAGGUGCGCGCCUCAUUACCGUUAGGCACUGAAGAUACCGAGAUCUACCGCUCGCUCGUGGGUGACAUUUUGACACCUAUCCGGACUCAGUAUAUCUGUUUGCUAGCGAACUCGCUUCACCGUUUCUACCAGACUAAAGUGAUCACGAUUCAUCCGUGGUUCGACGACAGUUCAGACAGAACAAUUAACCUCAAGGGCAUUCCCUCGGUCAAGGAUACCAUCCAGCCUUGGAAGAUCCUGGGCGAGAAAGCCCCUGAGAGUGUCAAGAAGCUUCAGGCUCCUCGUGGAUCUUUCAAAUUUGCUGUGCAAAGCUUGAACGACUCUGACUUUGUGUCCAAGUCUUUUGCUACUAAGGAGUCACCACGCCUUUCAUCGCAGGAGGAUAUCUUAUCUAAUGUUAUGUGGCGCUUCUUGCAGCUACGCGGAUAUGUUGACGACAAGCACAAUCUCACUACGUGGGGUAAGAGUCUGGAGCAGGCAUUGUCAGCUGUGGAUCCCGCAGACAACCUCGAGGAGGCUAUCUUCAUCGCUUUCGAGAUGCUCCGCCUGGAUCUUCUCAACACCAAGCCCUGGUUCUCGCAAGUAUCUGGCGGUCCCAUGCGAGGAUCAGAAGAAGAUAAGACUUUCAACAUGCUUGUUUCCCGUGUUGCAUGCGUUGGCAAAUUGCAGCACAAGAGCAUUGGAUAUUCUGGUCCCCUAAGCCGUCAGCUUCUUUGCUACCGCUCCUUGAUCUCCGAGGUCCGCUCUGCGCUCAGGAACCUGGUUGAGGUGGUAUUGACUGGUAUGUUGCUCGGUGGUGAUGCUGACCGGGAUCGUAACGACUGGAAUGAGAUGGCUAUCAAGCUUCCCUUCAUUGAUGAUAACGACUGUGGACUUGGAAUUGCAGUCCGGACCUACCUGGACGAUCUUCCGUUGCAAGCAAAUCCAACCUCUCCCGAGGCCCGUGCCGAUGUGAAGGCAAAGGGCAAGGAAUGGUUCCAGCACAGCGAGAGCUUCACUGGGAACUUGGAUCUGGCCUUCAAGCUAUGGGAUGCGGUCUACAAGGGAGCACACAAUGCGGGCAAGGAUUUCGCGGAUGUGAAGUUCUGGGACGACGCGAACAAGUGGCUCUCGGAGAGACGAUGA